UGUUACGUAAUAUUUAUAAAUCGACAACGUCGGUACACAACAUAAAAGAUACCACAUCUUGUUGAAAAAUUUAGUAAUUUAGACGUUUUCUAGUGAGAGUGUUGCUCGUAUCGCAAAAGUAACUUGUUAAACAUGGCAGCGUUCAGAUUCGAUGAUCCAGCUGUACAAUCCUACGCUUUUUACUCUGGUGUGUUAGCGCUGAAGACACUUGGGAUGGCAACACUAACAGCAAGAACGCGUUAUGUUAAGAAAGUGUUUGCAAAUGAAGAGGACACGAAGAUAAAAAAUGGUUUUGUAAAGUUCGACGACCCCGACGUGGAGAGAGUGCGUCGCGCUCACCUCAACGAUUUAGAGAAUAUUCCUGCUUUUUGGUUGCUCGGGGGAUUAUACCUAACUACUGGGCCAGAAACUACAACAGCUAUUACUUUAUUCCGGGUAUACACUAUCGGCCGCAUAUUACAUAGCAUUGUAUACGCCAUUAAACCUCUGCCGCAGCCAGCCCGAGGUAUUUCAUUCGGAAUUCCCUUUUUAAUUAUGUUGUACAUGGGCGUCAAAGUUGUCUCAUUUUAUGCCUCAGCAUUAUAAAUUUAAAUGUUGCACUUGUAUUAAGUAUUCUGUGAUUGAAUUUAGUAGGUUUGUAAAAUGUUUACAUCAGUAAGUGCUUACAAAAUUUUAUUUUAAUUUCAAUGUUGAUUAUAUUAUACCCUUAGAUUAUACCUUAUAUAAAUUAGAAUAGAGUCGAGAAUAUUUACUAAAUAUAAAAAAUAAUUCCUAUUAAUCGUAUUUUAAGAUAAAACAAUAAAGUAUACAAUUGGCAUUUAUUUUAGUAUAUAACUAAUAAAGAUUAUAUUUAAUAAAGAGCAUUUUUUCUC